AUCGUAAACAAGCACUUGUUAACUUUAUCGAUAGUAUAAAAACAAUUCUGCUUUGAAAACAAUUGAAGUGUACAUUAACAUCGUUAUAAAUUCCGAUCGUUCCUCAAAUCUUUACAAAAAUUCAACAUCAUUGUAAUUUUCAAUGUACAUAUGCAGCUGAGAUGAUAAAAAACCUAAUCCCACAUUGAAACAAAAUAAUGUUGAGCAUAUAAAAAACUGAUAUCUAAAGUAUAUAUUCCUUAAUUUAGCAUCAAUGCACAAACUAUGUAACAUCUAUGUAUCAAACAGUCUAGUUGUGUUGGAUUCCAUAUAAAAUUACACAUAAAUGAGUAAUUUAUGAAACUCAAACAACCGUCAGUUAAUAAGAAAACAUUGACUUGACUGAUAGAUUUAUUAGCUUAUGUUUUAUUCGACGUGGAUUCAUAAAGUUUUUUUUCCGUAACUAACACCUUUUUGGUGACUGGUGAACGUUCACUGCAAACAUGGAGUCAAUAUCAGUUAAAAUUGAGCUUGAUUUUCAAAGUUAACUAGCAUCCACAAAAAAAAUCAAUCAAUAUUGAACAACAUGAGAGUAAGGGAAAGAUUUCAACAAGAUUCAUUCAAAUUAAAUUACAAUUCUAAAACGAUCAGUUUCACCAAUUCACAAUGGCUACAACAAUUAUUAUCCAUUGCAGUACGUUUAAAUAAUGCUACAAAUAAUCACGAAAACAUAUCACCUUCAGAUAAAACUACCAUUAUUCAUAACAAUAUUCAUAGUAGUAUUGACAAUGGAACAGUACCAACCACUACUGGUUGUAUUAUAUUAGAAUUAUAUGAUAAAAAUCCUAUAUUUCUUUAUGAUCAAGAAGAUUUUCAUGAUAUUGAUUAUUCUGUAUUAAAAAUGCAAAUUAUUGUUUGGACACAAAAAUAUAUAAAACCAGAUGAUUUAUUUAUGGAUUGGUUUGAAACAGUCAAUCGACAAAUUCAUUACAAUAAAAAAGGUUAUAACAAAAAAGAGAAUUCAAUAAAUCGUGAUCAUGAAUUAUCAAUUACUAAUGUGACAUAUUGUACUGAAAAUUUAAGAAGUUUAAUGAUUGAUCAUAAUCAUAAUAACCAUAUAUUUGAUGGAUUAAAUAAUGAUGAUUUAAAUCAUAAUAUGCAAAAUGCCAAGAAUGAAACAAAGUCUGAUAAAUAUGGUGGAAAUGAAGUGCAAAUUUUAACCGUGAUUACUCUUUGUUCUGUGCUCAUUAUUUGCUUUCUGAUGGCUGUUAUUUUACGUAUUAGAAGCUUUUGUAAACGUCAAACAGAAUCAAGAAAACAAAUGCGUAACGAUCGUGAUUCAGCGUUACAAAUCAAUUUUCCAUAUGAUGUUAAUGAAAUACAAGUUGCAGAUAAACUACCUGUACCGAGUACAACAUAUGGCAGUAAUACACAUCCUGGACUAACUAAAAAAAGAAUUGGUAUUUACAGAUAUAAUCGUAUACCACAACCACAAUAUAAUUCAAUGCAAAAUUAUAACAGAGUAUUUAAUGCUCAAACAUAUCAACCAUCAACUGUUUUUCUGAUCGACUGUCAAGACACCGAUCAUUUUAAAGAAUCGCAUAAUAAAUGGCUAACAAAUCAUGAAUUUCAUCGUCAAUAUUUAUUACAUUCUAGAAAAUCUGAAAAUUUCAUUGAUCCAUUUCAAAUUCAAAUUUCAAAUUUCAAAUCUCAUUUAAAAUCUUUUAAAAAUUUAAAUCAAAAUCAAACAAACAAACAAGUUUAUCAUUUGAAUAAAUCAAUUCAACGAACUAAUAGUGUUUAAUAAUAUUUUUUAUAAUAUUUUAAAUCAUUAUUUC